AUGGCUUCUUUUCAAGACGGUUCGUCUUUGGAAGUUUGCCACGGGCACAAAAGAGAACAAAGUCAGGAUUCGGGAGCUUAUAUUGAUUGGAAUUCUGAGGAUUCACCGAGUCCCACGGGUAAUUCCGAUAACGCCAUGACGGAUGAUUUUAUAACGGUUGUAUCAGUUGAUAACGCCGGUGAAAAAGAAGGGAAAAAAAGAGAAGAAAAUUCUUCUUUUGUUACUAUUUUAGCCAUUGGAGACGCUGAUAAAAAAUCUGCACAGAAUGAAUUGGAAGAAGAAGUUUUGGUUUAUCGUCUUCCCGGUGAAAGAUUAGGAUUCGGAUUAAAAUUCGAAGGUGGCACCAACACGGCCGAAAAUGUUAAAAGAUUAUUCAUUCAAUCGAGUGCACCCGAUAGUCCUGCUUCGAGAGCAAAAUGUUCUUGGGGUUCGUUAAUCGAAGGAGAUGAAAUAUUAAAAAUUGAUGGUCAUGUAGUAAAAAAUAUGACCCGAUUAGAUUGCGUAAGGUGCUUGAAAGAAUCUAGUGUUGUAAUUAAAUUAUACGUAAGACAUAAAAGCCGGAAAUCAUGCCCUCUUCAGCACGGUAGUAAUAAUAAAAUAGAUAAUACAAAUUCAUCAUCUUCUUCAUCAUCAUCAUCAUCUUCACCUCCGACCGUUGUUAGUGCGGAAAUGAAAAAAAAUGUACCUCCACCACCACCGCCCGUACCUCCGAGAAAAAUGACAAAAAAAAAUUCGACGUCUUCUGUUUGUAAAGAAGAAACCGCAACAGUUAGCCCACCGGAAGAAUUUUGUGAUUUUAAAAAAGGUAGUAGUCCGACACCGAAAACCAGAACGAUCGACAAUGGUUUAGAUGAUGCAUGUAAAAAACCAUCUAAACAGGUUAUUCGAGUCCCUCAAAAAGAAAAUUUAGAAUCUCCAGAGCUAUCGAAGCGUUCAACAAAAAUAAACGGUUUCGAUCCUAAAUUAGCUCCUCCGGAGGCAAAAGUUUAUUUAGAUCUUCUUGCACAAGAAGAUUGUAAAAAUGGCGAAUCCGAAUCUGACGAUACUUGCAGCACGGUUUCGACUGUCGUCGGUCUUUCCUCAAUUCCAAACACGACCAAUUCAAGUUUUUCAGAUCUUAGAUCAUCUGCAAGUUCUUUUUGCGAUUCGACAAGCCCUUCAACUCCCACCAGCGAACCUACGACUCCAGUACUUGAAUUGUCAAGAAUGCUAAUCGAACAUUCUAACAACAAUAACAACAACAGUAAUUAUAAUAAUAAUAAUCAUAAUAAUUUUUUAUUUUCAAAAUUAAUGAAUGGAAAAGAUCACGACAACAUGUUGAAUUACGAUGAACGUAUUUCGAAUUGCACAGAUGAAAUAUUUCCAUUGCAACCUCCGUUGAGUUUUCAAGAUGCUCCAUUAAGUUACGGUAAUGAAGAAAUGCGUACGAAUCUUACGGAAAAUUUAGAAUUUUUCCAAGAAGUCAACGGUUCGAAUUUAUCGAGAAACAACGGAGAUGAUAACGUUAACGAAUUAGAUUCAUCCGCAUACUCCGACGGGAAAAACAAAGAAAAAGGUUCUAUUCUUUCGAAAAAACCAUCUCUUAUACCGCGUCUUGCUAAAAGUAUCGGAUUGCUUUCCCCACCCAAACCCAAUCCUAGAAAAGAAUCAAAAGUAGAAGGAAGUAAAUCACGUUUUAAUAAAAAAAAACCACCUCCGCCACUUCCGAUUGGUAGUGACAACAUGAGUCAAAGUCCUCCGUCGGACACCGAAAAUAAAACAUUAAAAUCAUCAAUACCUUAUUUAAAGAAGAAAAAGAGUAAAAGUGAUGACGGUAAAAAGUAUUCAAAAGGAGAAAAGAAAGCAAAAGAAGAAAAAUUCGAAGAUUUAAAUAAAGAAAAACAAAUGACACUAACGGAUGAUGUUGAUGCCGCGGAUAAUAAUAAUAAUAAUGAUGAAAGUACAAUUGAUGCUGUUGUCGAACUGAAAACUCAAGAAACAACAACGUCAAAACAAACGGAAAUGGAAAAAGUUUUAUCAUGGGAAGUGCCAAAUUUAAAAACACUGACGGAAAAUGAUACAUCGAAUGAAAGUAACGAUAUUGAAAUAUCAACGACAAACGCACUCGAUAAACUUUUACCAGAAAUAAAAAAUUUCGAUUCUAACGUUGUUGGCAACGGCGACGACGACGACAUCGACGACGAUGAUAAUAAUAACGAAUCUCAUUUUAUGUAUCCGUGGAGUUCGACAAAACAAUUGGAAACCAUAGGCGAAGACGAAGAAGACAAUACCGUAACCGAAGAAAAUAAUGGAAAAAACGUAACAAACGAAAUAUUUUCAUUAUGCGAAAAAGAAAAUUCUAGAAAAGAAAACGUCGCUGAAGAAGAUAAAAAUUUCGAUAAUGAAAAUUUCGACGAAUGUAAAAACAAAACAAUAAAAGAAGAAACGAUAAAGAAAAACGUGGAAAAAGAAAAUGAUGAAAAAUACGAUGAUGAAAACGAGGAAACAAACAACAACAACAACAACCAGAUAACGACAACAACCGUAAGCGUCAAAUAUGCAAGCAGGCACCUUCCAGAUCUUUCUGGUUUUUAA